GGACCUAUAUAUACAUAAAUAUAUGUAUCAUCACAACCCUUUUAAACUGGUAUAAGCAGAAAACCCUAGUUCUCUCUCUUCGCCGCCAGUCAGUCGAGUGAAGAUGAAGUUCAAUAUUGCUAAUCCCACCACUGGCUGCCAGAAGAAGCUGGAGAUUGACGAUGAUCAAAAACUCCGGGCGUUUUACGACAAAAGGAUUUCACAAGAAGUUAGCGGAGAUGCUCUUGGAGAGGAGUUCAAAGGUUACGUCUUCAAAAUCAUGGGAGGAUGUGACAAACAAGGAUUCCCGAUGAAACAGGGAGUCUUAACACCAGGGCGUGUUCGCCUUCUUCUUGUGAGAGGAACACCUUGUUUCCGUGGGUAUGGAAGAAGGAACGGGGAACGGAGGAGGAAGUCGGUUCGUGGUUGUAUCGUGAGUCAAGAUCUUUCGGUUUUGAACUUGGUGAUUGUGAAAAAGGGUGAAAACGAUCUACCGGGUUUGACCGAUGUUGAAAAGCCGAGAAUGAGAGGUCCGAAAAGGGCAUCAAAAAUCCGAAAACUUUUCAAUCUUUCUAAAGAAGAUGAUGUUAGAAAGUAUGUUAAUACAUACCGAAGAACUUUCACAAACAAAGCCGGGAAGGAAGUUAGCAAAGCACCGAAAAUUCAAAGAUUGGUAACUCCAUUGACAUUACAAAGAAAGAGGGCGAGAAUUGCGGAUAAAAAGAAAAGAAUUGCGAAGGCGAAAUCCGAGGCUGCAGAGUAUCAGAAACUUCUUGCUACGAGAUUGAAGGAACAGAGAGAAAGGCGGAGCGAAAGCUUAGCAAAGAAAAGGUCGAGACUUUCUGCUGCUUCGAAACCUUCUAUUGCAGCAUAAGUUAACAAGUUUUCAGGGUAAUUUCACAAUGAUUUGAAUAUGGUUUUCUUAUGUUUUUUGUGCUGGUUGCUUUCUUUGGUAACUUGGAUUAUUGAGUGUGUUAGUUAUUGAUAUGAUUUUGUUGCAUGGUGUUUGGCACAUGUUUGUUGUUCAUCUUCCUAUGUGAUUUUGGAGUCAAA